UUGUGGCGGAGGUGGAACGCUUCUUGCACCUUGACCACAACUUGACCACAUCACUGACGCCGCGCGGACCACAACAGCCUAUCCUCACUCAAGACACAACAGCCAUGGCCCCCGCAGCAUACGAUCGCAGCCGCAAGACCGGAAACGGCGAGGUCCAUAUCUCUUCAGCAGAAGUAAUCCGCCUCGAGCACGAGUACGGCGCACACAACUACCACCCGCUCCCGGUCGUGUUCGAGUCCGCCAAGGGUGCCAAAGUAUGGGAUCCGGAAGGUAGAGAGUACAUCGAUAUGCUCUCUGCGUACUCCUCACGUCUUCACUUUCAGGGCCAUUGCCACCCUCGGAUCGUCAACACCCUCAUUCAGCAAUCUCAGAAGCUCACACUCUCCUCUCGUGCCUUCUACAACACUAUCUUUGGCCAAUUUGCCCAGAAGGUCACUCAGAUGUUCGGCUAUGACAUGCUAUCCAGGAAAUGGGCGUACAAUAAGAAGGGCGUCGCGGACGGAAAGGCCAUCGUUCUCAGCGCUGAGGGCAACUUCCAUGGGAGAACCAUCGGCGUUAUCAGUAUGAGUACGGAUCCGGAGAGCCGCAGCGGAUUCGGACCCUAUCUUCAAGCCGUCGGUCCGACGUACGAGGAUGACGGCGAGAUCAGGACGAUACGAUACGGCAAGAUAUCCGAUCUCGAACGCGCACUUGAGCUGCACGGGAGUGACGUGGCGGCGUUCCUCGUGGAGCCUAUUCAAGGGGAGGCUGGCAUUGUGGUCCCCCCGGCCGGGUACCUCGCGAAAGUUCGCGAGCUCUGCACAAAACACAAUGUCUUGCUCAUUUGCGACGAGAUCCAAACGGGCCUCGGCCGAACGGGCAAGAUGUUGUGUCAUGAGCACGACAAGAUCAGACCUGACAUCGUGCUUUUGGGCAAGGCGCUCUCUGGAGGAGUAUAUCCUGUCUCGGCUGUCCUGGCUGACAGAGAAAUCAUGUUAUGCAUCCAACCUGGAGAGCACGGGAGCACUUAUGGAGGGAACCCUCUGGGCUGCGCGGUGGCAAUGACCGCUCUAGAUGUGUUAGUCGACGAGGACCUAGCCAACCGCGCAGAAGUCCUUGGCGAGAAAUUCCGUUCAACCAUCCGGGCCAUUGAGUCUCCGUUGAUCAAGACUGUCCGCGGCCGCGGAUUGCUGAACGCUCUCGUGAUCGAUGAGGAGGCAAGCUCCAAGGGUCGGACUGCGUGGCAAUUCUGCCUGCUGCUGAAGAGCAGGGGCCUGCUAGCCAAGCCCACACAUGUCAACAUCAUCCGCUUUGCGCCACCUCUGGUCAUCUCGGAGGAUGACCUCUUGAAGGCGGUCGAGAUAAUCAAGUCGUCCCUGGACGACCUGGACAAGCUGGAUAACAUUCCAGGUGAGGUAGAAAGCGAGAAGGGACACAAGGACACCCUGACACUUUGAGGGGACAUCUCAGUCUCUAUUACCUCCGCUUCCACUCAGUACGCAUUUUCUCAUCCAAUCUAGUGAGAACCAUCCAUGUCAUGUAUCGUUACCUAGCCCUCUCUUGUAACGCACCUGCACCCCAUCAUGUGUAGCACAGCGGACAAUAAAGUAUGUUGGACACAUUGA